CUACAUGUACAUGUGAACGUAUCUGUACAAGAUCUGCCUUAGUCUCCUGACUUAUUGUUGAUGUCGAGCACGUGGGCUUGUUUAUUUGCCCAUGCAGCGGUAAGUGUAUAAAUUGGCUGAUGCAAGACCUUUUCCUUUCGCUGAUAGAGUCUCAACACUGAUCAAAUUUCUGUGAUAGUCGUCAGCCGACGGCAUCAACAGACGGCAUACACAUGUCCUCGCAUAUGCACAUCUUUGUUAUGUGUCUUUGCUGGAUGAUCUCGCUUGCGAUAUUGAGUACAGAAGCACGAUUCUGGGGUAAAGAUAUCUUGGAAUGCCGACAAUACGCCAUGGCUAGGUCAACUCCCAAUAUCACCCUACUUCGUCAACCCUAUUUUCCAGGGAAGAAGUACUGGCCUCCAGGUGCGAAAUUUUGUCCAAUUCGCCGAACUUGGGACGAAUGUCCUCAGAGGUGUCGAUAUAUGGUCGAAGCGGCAGCUCUCGUUUCGGCAAUUGCAGGUGAGGAACUUCUUGGUGCUGAGGCCAUCAACUUGCUUCAAGCACGAAAAGCCUACCUCUCCGAUGAAGACUCGUGCGCCGCAAACAGUGGCGCCUGUCUUGACUACUAUUACGAGAGUUUGGUUGAUGACAACUCUGUUGCAGUCUGUAACUGCUUUGCUGUAAUUCUCAUCAUGCGAGUACACAAGGGAGGAAAAAAUUGUACGAGAGGUGAUGUUAUAAAGCGACUCAACGAUCGCUUUGCACCAUUUGGAUUUCAGUACAACAAGGACGCCAACAAUGAUGACGUACAUUGCGGCGCUCGUGGUGCCAACAUGUGCAAACUGAGCGACCCAGUGGGUUUCAAGAAAACAGAUGUUUGCGACGCUUGACAGAUAUAUAAUUUGCCUUAGUAGGAUUGCGCAGCGUCCGCGAGAUCAAAGAGAAGCUGCUGUGAAGAUGCGCUGGGCGAUACCAUAGAAUAUUGAGCAAACGUAUCUUGAGCUGUCCUUUGACCCCGUUUGAAUGAUGUUGUGCAAAUGUCACCAGUUCGAUGCUUGUGUUCCAGCAUUCAGCGUCAACCAUAUUCAGGCCCGGGCUUGAGCUUCAAGCCCUACGGAAAAUUUCC